AACACCAUCUGCAAGGAAGGUCGAUACAGUGAGCUAGGGACGAAACACAAAGACCUUGUAACGGCAAUGGAAACCGACGACCUUCAAGAGAGGCUAUUGAGAUUUGAUGAGGUCAUGGAGUCUCAGUGUCCAUUAUUCAAGUUUGCCCAGGACUACAUGAAGUUUGUGAUGUGUAUCCUGAUGUUCAUACGCACAUCAAGAGAGGGGGACUGGUACCUUCACCUUGAAUCUCUCAAGGCUUUGGCAAAGUAUUUCUUUGCUCACGACAGGCUGAACUAUGCGCGAAUGGUGCCACUAUAUCUAGCGCAGAUGCACGGGUUAAAGAUCGAUGAUCCCAUAUUCACCAUGAAUUAAUGCAAGGAAACUUGUGUAAACAAAAAUGAGAUCCCUUUCUGUGCAAUUGGACCGGAUCACGCUAUAGAACACGUCAACAAGUUGAUGAAGAUUCGGGGAGGGCUGAAAGGUCUAACACAGCAACCAGCAGCCAUGGCAAGAUGGUUCCUUGUGGCACCAGAACUAAGUCGACUUGCGACGCAAGCUGAGCACAUGGUGGGGAUACAAAGGGCUUCAUCAUCGCAUCAUCACGAUUUAAGCGAUGCGAUAACAAAUCGCUAUAAUGAAAAUGUACAGAAGCUGAAGGAUGUGCUCAAAGCGAGUGACCCUUUCGCGACAGAGGAACGUCAUCUGGUGAACAUCGUCACGAAAGCAGUUAUGCCAGAUGACAUCAAGGAGGGAGUCCUAACACGAGAUAAGAUCGGCCAGGAGUUGUUUGACACAUUUGCUCAAGAGAGAAUCGUCGAGGCCAAGUUUAAGUGUUUGGAACCCCAUGAAAAAGGCAAAUCUGAAGUCAUGGAAGUCUGCUUG